CUGGAUCCGCCGGGUCCCGAGUGGGACUGCCCCCUGGGCUCCAAGGACCUGGAGGAAGAGGGGGGCCCAUGGGGAGGAGGCUCUGGCCUGCCGCCUCCAGACUGCUUCCCCGGCUCCUGGCACCACGACGUGGGCCUGGACUGCAAGGGCUCCCUCGAGGGGGCGGAGGCCCGGGCCUGGACCGUCUACUACUAUAGCCUCCUGCAGAGCUGUCUGCAGCAAGCUGGCCUUCCGGAGACCCAGGACCGCAGCCAGGUGCCCCGCACAGGCUGCCCUGGUGCGGAGGUGACCUUAUGCGUUCUGGGAUCCCCCAGCACCUUUCUGUCUGUGCUGCUGGAGGGUGGGGUCCAGAGCCCGGGAAACAUGCUCCUCUGCCUGUCCCCUACUUGGCUGACAAAGGUGCCAGCACCUGGGCAGCCGGGCGAGGCGGUCCUGCUGGUCUCCAAGGCUGUGAGCUUCCACCCAGGGGGCCUGACAUUCCUAGAUGACUUUGUCCCCCCACGCCGAGCCACCUACUUCCUGGCGGGCCUGGGGCUGGGACCUGGCCAGGGUCGAGAGGCAGCUGAACUUGCCCGUGACCUGACCUGCCCCACCGGAGCCUCGGCUGAGCUGGCCCGGCUGCUGGAGGACAGGCUGCUGACAAGGCGACUGCUGGCUCAGCACGGUGGUGUGGCUGUGCCAGCUACCCUGGCUUUCACCUAUAAGCCCCCGGCACUGCUGCGGGGAGGGGAGGCCAGCCCGGGCCUACGGCUGGUAGAGCUGAGUGGCAAAGAGGACCAGCAGACACUGGUGAAGGAGGAAGUAGGGACCUUUCUGCACUCCGGGGCCCUGGCCGAUGCCCUGCAGGUGGCCGUGAAGCUCAGUGGCUGGCGCUGGCGGGGGCGGCAGGCACUGCGUGUGUACCCUCGAGUGGAGCUGGGCACAGUGGUGGACACGGUGCUGGCGCUGCUGGAGAAACUGGAGGAGGAGGAGAGUGUCCUGGUGGAGGCUGUGUGCCCACCUGCCCGGCUACCCUUCCCAGGCAGGCCCCCACCUGGCCCUGAGCUGGCUGUGCGGAUCUGUGCUGUGGUAUGUCGGACACAGGGUGACAGGCCCCUGCUGAGCAAGGUGGUGUGCAGCGUGGGCCGUGAGGACCGGCCUCUGCGGCACCAGAGCUCCUUGCCACAGACGCUGGAGGUGGCACUGGCCCGGUGCGGCCUGGGUGAGACGGGACAGGUGGCGGUCGUGCGACGGCGCGUCAAGGCGGCGGCCGAGGCCGCGCUGGCCGCCGUGCUGGCCCUGGAGGCCGGCCUGAGCGCUGAGCAGCGCGGCGGGCGCCGGGCCCGCACGGACUUCCUCGGCGUGGACUUCGCGCUGACGGUGGAAGGCCGCGCGCUGACCCCCGUGGCUCUGGAGCUGAACAGCGGCCUGUGUCUGGAGGCGUGCGGCGCGCUCGAGGGGCUGUGGGCCGCGCAGCGCCCGCGGUCGGCGGCCGAGGACGCGGCGGCCGCGCCGCUCGUGGAGACCAUGCUGCGGCGGUCCGCGCACUGCCUCAUGGAGGGCAAGCAGCUGCUGCUGAUCGGCGCCGGCGGCGUCAGCAAGAAGUUCGUAUGGGAGGCGGCGCGCGACUACGGGCUUAAGCUGCACCUCGUGGAGUCGGACCCCAACCACUUUGCAUCCCAACUGGUGCAGACGUUCAUCCACUUUGAUGUGACAGAGCACCGGCGGGAUGAAGAGAAUGCACGGUUGCUGGCGGAACUGGUGCGGGCCCGUGGCCUGCAGCUGGAUGGCUGCUUCUCCUACUGGGAUGACUGCCUAGUGCUCACGGCCUUGCUCUGCCAGGAGCUGGGGCUGCCCUGCAGCCCCCCAGCUGCCAUGCGCUUGGCCAAGCAGAAGAGCUGCACCCAACUGCACCUGUUGCGCUGCCAUGGCCCACCCUGGCCUGCGCCCUCCCUCCAUGCUGUGCCCUGCUGCCCGCUGGAGAGUGAGGCUGAUGUGGAGAAGGCCGUCCACCAGGUGCCCCUGCCAGGUGUCAUGAAGCUGGAGUUCGGGGCAGGCGCAGUGGGUGUGCGGCUGGUGGAGGACGCGCCACAGUGCCACGAACACUUUUCCCGGAUCGCCCGCGACCUGCAGGGGGAGGCCGACCACCCCGGCAUUGGGCUGGGCUGGGGCAACGCCAUGCUGCUGAUGGAGUUCGUUGAGGGCACCGAGCACGAUGUGGACCUGGUGUUGUUUGGUGGGCGACUGCUGGCCGCCUUCGUGUCCGACAAUGGCCCCACGAGGCUGCCCGGCUUCACGGAGACAGCAGCCCGCAUGCCCACCGGGCUGGCACCUGAGCAGGAGGCCCAGCUGGUGCAGGCAGCCUUCCGCUGUUGCCUGGGCUGUGGGCUGCUGGACGGGGUGUUCAACGUGGAGCUCAAGCUGACUGGGGCUGGGCCGAAGCUCAUCGAGAUCAACCCUCGCAUGGGCGGCUUCUACCUGAGAGACUGGAUCCUGGAACUCUAUGGUGUGGACCUGCUGCUGGCAGCAGCUAUGGCGGCCUGCGGCCUGCGGCCUGCCCUGCCCACCCACCCUCGUGCCCGUGGCCACCUGGUGGGGGUCAUGUGCCUGGUGUCCCAGCACUUGCAGGUGCUGAGUUCCACCGCCAGCCGUGAGACCCUUCAGGCUCUUCAUGACCAGGGCCUGCUGCGCCUCAAUUGGCUGGAGGAGGUCCUGGUGCCGGGCGAAUACGAGGAGCCCUACUGCAGCGUGGCCUGUGCUGGGUCCAGCCCGGCUGAGGCUCGCCUCCGCCUGCUGGGCCUCUGCCAGGGUCUGGGCAUCGAUGGGCCCCACUACCCUGUUGCCCACUUCCUGUCCCACUUCAAAUAG